AUGCAAGGGACGCUCAUGCCGGAAUCUGCCCCUAAACGACCGGAUUCACCUCGCCUUGACUCCCCGGACCCUUCUCUGGAUGCGAUGGAGGUGUUUCUAGACCUACUGAAAGCUAAUUCGCCCGCGUUACUGAACCCUAAGCUAUCAAAGAAGCUCCGCGCUAAUCAGGUCCUCCUCCAACCCGAGGGCGCUCCACCUUUUGAUCGAAGAAAUCCGCCGUUGCCCCCUUCUGUGAACACAGACACCCCCACUGGCUUAUUGCAGGCUCUGCCAAAAUGCGUGGACGACCUUCCGGUGUUCGGAGAACUGGCGGCGUGGAUCACUCGUCCAAGCCGAAGGCUGCAAAUACUGACAGUGGCUCCUGUUAAGGUUUAUUGGCCACGGAGCCGGGGGAUACAUCUAUGGACGCGACAGAGAAAGACGAGCCUGGUGCAGGCGUUGCUCCGCAGAGAAAGGGUAAGGCAGUUGCGAACACUGAGCAGAGGAGGCCCAAGCAGGGGACUUCUUUUGGAGAACGAUCGGUGUCUGCCGCUAAAGUGUCGGCUGAAAUUCUGGACCUCGGGGCCUGGUCACCGGAACCCCGCCUACGCCAACGGCCCAACAAACUAUGACACCAAUGGAAGUCUCCAUGGGACACUCGACAGCCUUGGUUAUUCAGCAGUGGUGGUUUUGGAUAACCCCGACCCGCCAGAUGAUGGAGAAGAGGUGGCCCAGGAUACCAUCCUAGACAAUAUAACCGAGACGGAAAGUACAUAUCUGAGCCAACGCCCGUUUGCAACCCCCAUGAAGACUGGCCGUCCUGACCCCCGAGAAGCCAUGAGUCACUCCUUAGCCAAAUAUCAAUUAUCGCAGCCACAGAUUUUGCUCAUGGAGACAUUGCCUAUGGGUUCGUCAACUUUGUGGGGCCUGGGACAGAUUUGGGGUAAGUUGCUUCGGGGAGUGCGCUGGUCGAUUGGGGACAACACUCGUGUUCAGUUUUGGCACGACACCUGGCUACAUUCGGACGUGAGGUUGGGCCAAGCUUGCACCGACAUCACCAUCCCGGAGCGGCAAACAACUUCCCUGCUGCGGCUCGCAGCACAACUUCCACCUCAGUCGAACGGUCGUGACCUUUUAUACUGGGGCUUCUCAGCGAACAGGAGUUUCAGUACCACAUCGGCGUACUCUUCUCUCGUAGCUCCGGUGGCUGUGGGGACGACAAGGUUGUGGAAGCUCGUUUGGAAAUGGGACGACCCUCAACGUAUUCGCCAAUUUCUGUGGCUUGUGGCCAAGGGUCGUCUCUUCACGAACAGUGAACGGUUUCGCCGCCAUGUUGCACCUUCUCCCGGCUGCGCUCUCUGUGGUGGACCGGAGGAGAGCCUUCUUCAUGCACUACGUGACUGUGAUGGUGCGAAUCAGAUUUGGCGCUCCUUCGUACCGGGAGGUGAUUUUUCUACGUUCUGUAGCAUGAGUCUCGAGGAUUGGCUCAUCUCCCACCUCUCCGCUCUGGGAUUGUAUGGCUUUGAAAUUUGGCCGUGUGUGUUUGGAAUCGUGAUGUGGAGGAUUUUCCAUGCCCGUAAUUCUUUUAUUUUCAAUAAUGAAGCCGUUGAUGUGGUUCGAAGGGCUCACGAGAUCCGGAUGCAUAUGCGGAAUAUUUUUAUGGCCCUGGCUCAUGCGAGCCAGUGUGGGAUUCCCUUCCAUGAUGAUUUGAACAAAUUUCAACCACUCAACGUAGGCUCUGAUGCCACUUAUUAG